CGCUCCGGCUCCGGCUCCGGCUCCCGCUCCCGCUUGAGCGCCGCACCUCAGGCCGCCGCCAUGGGCUGCUGGGGCCGCAACCGCGGCCGGCUGCUGUGCAUGCUGCUGCUGACCUUCAUGUUCAUGGUGCUGGAGGUGGUGGUGAGCCGGGUGACCGCGUCGCUCGCCAUGCUAUCCGACUCCUUCCACAUGCUGUCGGACGUGCUGGCGCUCGUGGUGGCGCUGGUGGCCGAGCGCUUCGCCCGCAGGACCCACGCCACGCAGAAGAACACGUUCGGCUGGAUCCGCGCCGAGGUGAUGGGCGCGCUGGUGAACGCCAUCUUCCUGACGGGGCUGUGCUUCGCCAUCCUGCUGGAGGCCGUCGAGCGCUUCAUCGAGCCGCAUGAGAUGCAGCAGCCACUCGUGGUGCUGGGUGUCGGCGUGGCGGGGCUGCUGGUCAACGUGCUGGGGCUCUGCCUGUUCCACCACCACAGCGGCGAGGGCCAGGGCGCGGGCCACGGCCACUCGCACGGACACGGACACGGACACCUCGCCAAGGGCGCGCGCAAGGCGGGCCGCGCGGUGGGCGAGGCGGGCGCGCCGCCCGGACGGGCGCCGGACCAGGAGGAGACCAAUACGCUGGUGGCCAACACCAGCAAUUCCAACGGGCUCAAGGCAGACCGGGCAGAGCCAGAAAAAACCAGAAGUGAUGACCCAGUGGAUGUACAAGUCAAUGGGAAUCUUAUCCAGGAGCCUGACCGUCUGGAGGCGGAAGACAGCAGGGCUGCACAGCUGAACAUGCGGGGAGUGUUUCUGCACGUCCUUGGAGAUGCCUUGGGUUCCGUGAUCGUGGUAGUGAACGCCUUGCUGUUUUACUUCUUAUGGCAGGGCUGUUCUGAGGACAACUUCUGUAUAAACCCCUGUUUCCGAGAUCCCUGCAGAUCGUCCGUAGAGAUCAUCAACAGCACCCAGGCCCCAGUUCGAGAGGCCGGUCCCUGCUGGGUACUCUACUUAGAUCCAACUCUGUGUGUGAUAAUGGUUUGUAUACUUCUUUACACAACCUAUCCACUGCUUAAGGAAUCUGCUCUCAUCCUUCUACAAACUGUUCCUAAGCAAAUUGAUAUCAGACAUUUGGUAAAAGAGCUACGAGCUGUUGAAGGCGUUGAGGAAGUACAUGAGCUACACGUCUGGCAGCUCGCUGGAAGCAGGAUCAUUGCCACUGCCCACAUAAAAUGUGAAGACCCCACUUCAUACAUGCAGGUGGCCAAAACUAUUAAAGAUGUUUUUCACAAUCACGGAAUUCACGCUACCACCAUCCAGCCUGAAUUUGCUAGCGUGGGCUCUAAAUCAAGUGUAGUCCCAUGUGAACUUGCCUGCAGAACUCAGUGCGCUCUGAAGCAGUGCUGUGGGACACGGCCUCAAGUCCAUUCUGUGAAGGAUGCAGAAAAGGCCCCAACAGUUAGCAUUUCUUGUUUAGAACUCAGUGAAAAUCUAGAGAAGAAGCCCAGGAGGACUAAAGCUGAAGGCAGCCUCCCUGCUGUGGUGAUAGAGAUUAAAAACGUGCCAAAAAAACAGCCCGAAUCAUCUUUGUGAGUCUUGAAAAAGAUGUGAUAUUUGACUUUGCUUCUAAACUGCAAGAGAAAAUAGACUUCAUUGAAAUACUAAGUUUGCCAAGUAGUGUAAUUGAAGUCCUUGUCUGGUCGCACAGUUUAAUUCUAUUUUUGUAAGAACAUAAUGGAACUGCGUAAUAGAGUGUUCUACAUUACAACCUUGUGAUUAUUAGUGCAUAGUGCAGCCAUGCUGUAACACAUUUUGAAAGCCAGUUUUAACACUAUGUUACAUUUUUGUUGUUGUUGUUUAAAGUAAGUAUAAACUUUAUAUGACAUAAUGACAUUUGAUUCCUGGUUUUCCCAUGGUAAAAAUUAGGGGGAUAAAUAAAAUUGUUACUAGAAUUUCUCUGCUUUUUUUUCCCCCCAUUGUUAUACAUUAUUUGUUAGAAUUGUAGCUGAUGGACCUUUACAAUCAUCAAGUUUGUUUCCUUUGAUGUUUUCAGGAAUAGCUACUUGCCCUUUGUGAUCAUAAACUAACAUAAUGGCAGCGUAUUUUCAGAAUGACUCAUGACUUAGCAGGAAAUAAGAGAAGUUACUAUUCUGUAUUCUCUACUGCUGAGUAGUCCAGUGAACUGAGAAAAUUCACAAAAUGAAUUAAGAGUUUACACAUAGUGGAACAUAUAGGGAAUAAGAGCAAGGAAGAAAGCGAACUAAGUAGGCUAUUAAAUUAAUACCGAGACUACAUAUCUAAAUUAUCUUGAAAAAUAUCAAGUGGUUUUAUUCUACCAAAGUCACUCUAUACAUGUUUGCCAGCAUUACUUUCUUUCAACGACUGGCAUUAGUGAUGUUGAGCUAAAAGUUUCAAAAUGCAUGACUAGUUUUGAGAAUGAAUACUUAAUCUUCGUUAACAGCAACUAUUACUCUUAAAUUGUGUCUUAAAAACUUUUCAUAGUGACCCGGUCAUGUAGAUGUCACCUUUCUUGUGCACAGCAAGCAUAGCCUGUGCUUUGCCAAGAGCCAGUGUCUUGAAAGAAAGAAAUUGGAUGGUUCUUGCAAACUGGAUAUCUUAGAGAGCAAAGUGAAUCAGGGAAAGUGUGUAGGUCUUUUAUGCCAUCAUGUCUUGACACACUCUGUUUUCCCAACAGUGCUUACUUUGUGAGAUGACACACUUUGCACCCAGCAAGUCAUUCACAGCUAUUCCCUUGCCACAGAUCUCAAAUCCAAUGCAAACAUUUGAAGAUACUUAUGUUAUAUUUACCUUGCUCAAGAAAGGUUAAUAUUUUGUGAAGAAAAUGUACCUUUUUGUCUUCAAAGGAGUGACUAUUAAUAUCAGUUGUGUAUAGCUCUAUUUUUCUAGGAACAUAGUACUCUGACUACUUCAAUAACUUUUAUAGCCAACUACUUUUGGGAAAGUUCACUUUGGGGAUUUGAAAUAAUUCAUUGUUUAAUAACCUGAAAAUGGAAGUGUUAGAGUAUGACAGUUACUUUUGAAGUGAUGGUCCUUUCCCUAGUGUAAAAGCCUGUUGCUGGCAAUGGGCCUACUUAAGAACAGCUGGGUUUUCUGGUGAGAAUUUUGAUUUUUGGAACAUAGUUUGUAAGUCCACAUUUAUUACACUGGGCCAACCAUCAACCUGCAUAAUGCUUCACUAAUGUGUGAUCCGGCCCCUUGGUGGGUGGUUACUUUGGAAUUUUGCGAAAAUUUGCUUUUUUUUUUUUUUCUUUAAACAUGAAAUUGAGAGAUCUAUGGGUGAGUACGAGAGAACUCUAGUUGUCUCAAGUACACUCCUCAUUGGUACCACACAGGUUUUAUCGGUUUCUGCAAUGACACAGCAAACUAGUGAAAGUGGGCUGUCUAGCCAGUGUCCUUCAGAAACACUCUGGGUGGGUUCAUGUUGAAGGUGCCCCACGAAUUGGGACAAGGGCUUUGUUGACCUAUUUUUCAGGAAAAGUGGUACCAUACAUACGCCUUUUUGGUUUUUUUUCCCCCAAAGGUGUUUCUCAUAGCAAAAUCCAUGGGCACCCACUCACCUUGGAGUUUUAGAGAAUUAUUUAUUUCUUUACAAUGCACUUUCUAACCCAUUUUUAGCUAUAUUAGCAUUAUCUUUAAGAAAAAAAAAAGACAUGUUUUUAUAUUUAAGUGUUGUGGGACUUGAGUGUCUUUUCCAAACUAGCUUAUUCUUGAAAGAAAAUGGGGAGCUACCUUGGCCUCUUUGGGACUAGCCCAUUGUUUAAUAUGUUGCCUUUCACUGCAUCAGUUUCAGUUGUGAAGUUCUACUGGUCCUGUCUUCAAGUAAGGUCAGCACACCUGUCUGUCGUGGGGCUGAGUUCUGAGAAGGUGCUUCCUGCUCCCAAAUUGCACCCAGGAAUCUUUCCAAGCUAUGUGCGCCUUGGACGGAUUUCAUUUUCCGUGGUCAGCUCUUAGCUUGUAGGAGUAAUUCUUUUCUGGGGGUUAUCUGUCUACAGAGUAGAAGUACAGGCUGGAACAUGAAAAACAACCCUUAAGUGUUCUACUGUAUUUCACGUUGAAAAGGAAAAAACGCUGGAUGACUUUAGCCUGACGUGUGUAAUUUGAACAGGAAGGGUUUGGAAAGUUGCAAGAAGCUGUUUACAUGUGUAUGUCUUGUCAGCAUUCUGUUAUUUUGAGUUUCUGGAAGUUUUGAGGGAAAAGACAAAACCUAAUGUGAAGUAUUUGUUGUGUAAACUGGUUUUGAAUGUUUUUACUGUUUUACAAGCAGAUAACCAUUUGAACAAUAAAUGUCAUUAACCUGCUGUCUUAAGGUAGUCAUACACAAAUAAGGAGUGUGAUUCUACAAUAGAAAAUAUUUUAAUAUUACGUUUCAGUUAAGUGAUAAAACAGUGUUAGGAGGUCUUGGGCAGGUGGAAGGCUUUUGUUGUUUUUUGUAAUUGAAACUGCCCUAGUGCUUCAUGGUCCAAUCUGGGAAUGGGACUGUAACCGUACUAUUUUGAUAAAGUGCUGCAUAUAUACAUAUGUAUGUGUAUAUGAUGAUGAUAUUUUGUUUUACUAACAAGUUCUGGAAUAUUUAGCAGUCAUUUCCACUGGCACAGGAGCCUUUUGUAUAUUAAUCAAUUUAAACUUUUAAACCAAAAAUAUUAAUGUUCAGUGUCUGGCAAAAAGAUGCUGAGGAGAAUGUAACAUAGAAUUAAUAUGUGGUUAUAUAAAAAGACAAAUUGCCAUGAUAGGGGUCUGCCUUGAAACAGCACAAUGGAGUGUCAGUGUGUCUGUGACUCUUUGAGACUUUUCAUGAGUUGGUUUUGUCUGCCUCCACCUGUCCUCUGGGCCAACAGUGCCAUUGACUUGGCUCUCAUUUCGUUGAGCACCGGUGCAGACAGAACUCAGGUGUGGCAAUGUUUUCCCUAAUUGCUGUGUGUUUUAUGACUGUUGUGUUAAUUUCCAAAGCUGUUCCUACCUCACCACGAGGCUUUAUGGAUUGUUAUGUAUUAUAAACGUUCUAUAUGAGACAAGA